GCCCUUUGCACUAUAUAUGUAGCCCUUGCACUUAAUUUGUUCUCAUGCAUGCUGCAUCGCGAUCUCCACUUCACUAACCACUAUAUACUCACUAGCUAGCUAGCUGCCCAGCUUCGCUAGUGUUGAGGAUGACGAUGUCGGUGAGCGGCAUGGCGUGGGCGCACGCGGUGAUGGGCUGGGCGGCGGUGGCGUUCGCCCUCUUCGUCCUCGCCAUCACCACCGCCGACGCGUCGUCGUCGCAGGGGCCCUGCGCCGCCUACGGCGGCGGCAGCGGCGGCGCCACGUUCAUGCGCGCCGGGGCGGCGCUGGUGCUGCUGUCGGCGACGGCGCAGGCGGUGGCGGCGACGGCGGCGCGGGCGGCUGCGAACGGGGCGCGGUUCCUGUCGGGGUUCUUUGCCCUGGUGGCGCACUUCGCCGGCGCGUACACCGCCGCCGUCCUCUCCGAGCUGGUCCCCGUCGUGGUCGCCGCCGCCGGCGGGGUCUGCGCCGCGUCCGGCUACAAGCACAUGCUGGUCGCCCACUACGUCGUUCUCGACAUACCGCUCAUCGUCUUCUACCUCGCCGGCUUUGUCGCGCUUAUUAAUCAGUAUCAUCUAGAAUAGGCUAGCUAUAUACUCCCUCAUCCCCUAAAUAUUUAACGCCGUUAACCAUUUUAAACAUGUUUGACCGUUCGUCUUAUUUAAAAAAAUUUGUGAAAUAUGUAAAACUAUAUGUAUACAUUAAAGUAUAUUUAACAAUAAAUCAAAUAAUAGAAAAAAAUUAAUAAUUACUUAAUUUUUUUUAAUAAGACGAAUGGUCAAAUAUGUUUAAAAAAAGUCAACGGCGUCAAAUAUUUUGGAACGGAGGGAAUAUAUAUAUAGGUUAGCUACAUCUACAUGCACUGCACCAUGAAUAAUUUAUAGUUCCUCUGGUUCUAAAUAUUCGACGCGUUCGAUUUUUUUAAACAUAUUUAACCGUUUGUCUUAUUUAAAAACUUUUAUAAAAUAAUAUAUAUAUACAUAAAAUUAUAUUUAACAAUAAAUCAAAUGUAUAAAAAAUAAUUAAUAAUUAUUUAAUUUUUUUAAAUAAGACGAUCAGUUAAACAUAUUUAAAAAAAUCAAAGGCGUCAAAUAUUUAGAAACGGACGAGAGAGUACUAUGCAAUGUUGAUCGAUCGAUGGAUCGGUACGUAGUUCGUUGAUGUUGCCGUUUCAGUCCUACGCUGAUCGAAUGUAUAGCAAGUUUGUUUUAUGUGCCAGCCAUAUGUAAUGUACGUAAUAUCGAUCGAUCGAUCUUGCAACAUUGGCAGUGUCACCGUAUUAUUUAUCAUCUCAUAUUAUAUAUAUAUAUAUCAUUCUGCUUAA